AUGGCUUUUAUUGCACCAAAAAAACCUUCAUCAUAUUCUCAAGCAAAUGAGAAUGAUGAUGAUGAUAAAUCGACAGUGUCUGCGACUACAAAUCAAAUAAAUAAAAACUACUUGCAAUCGUCAUCACUCAAUCCAUCGACAAUACAUCGAGCAAUACAUUUACAAGCUGGACCAUCUAUUAAUAGUCUAAAUGAUUCAAGUGAUGAUGAAAAUGACUUUGAUGAUAACGUAUCAGCUAGAGAAAAUUAUCGUUUUGCACCACAAAUUAUUCGUGCACAUCAUUCAAGAACUAAUUCAAAUCAAUUAACAACAAACCAUCAAGGAUAUUUUCAUCUUGCAAAACCUAAAUCUGAUCUACUUUUUAUUCGAGCACCACCACCUGAAUCUAUUAGAAUACCUACAAAAACCAAUUCACACCAGAAUAAUAGAUAUAAAUCUGUUAUUGAUAAUCAAGCUGGUUUGAUGGCAAUAAAUACUUUGAAAGAUUUACGUGGUCAAACGCUUCUUCAUUUAGCUGCUCGUCUUGGUCAUGACGAAAUCAUGCGUGUUCUAAUUAGUGAAACUUCACAAGCUAGUAUGAUAAUGAAUAAAAAAGGACAAACACCAUUAUUAACAGCUAUUGAAGCUGGUUCAAUAUCUACAGCUACUUUAUUAAUGGAAACUGAGCCAAGGUCGAUUAUUGUUAGUGAUAUCAAUGGUUCUAGUGUUUUUCAUUAUGCAUGUGAACAUUGUAAUGAUAUUGUUUUACAUCGUGCUAUUGCAUUAUCUAAACGGCUCAAUUCAACCAGCGAUCGAAUAACCGCAUUAUGUCGUAUAACUGAAAGAAAUCUUGCUGGUAAAAGUCCAUUUGAUAUAGCUAUAGAAAAGGGUCAAUUAAAAUGUAUUAAGCAAAUUGUUUUAUCACCUUGGCUUGAAGCAAAUAUUGAUAUGCGAGAAUUAAUUGAUGCUCGUUCAAUGAAAAAUGCAAUUGAUAAAGAACAAUUAGAUAUUUUAACAUUUUUUGUUUCAGAACCAAAACGAUUUGCUUAUAUUAUUCAUUUAUUAGUGGAAACCAAUGGACGAUCUUUUAAUUUGUUAGAGUAUGCCAUUUUAUUAAAAAAGAAAGAUAUCGUUAGAUUAUUUGUUAGUGUACGUAUACCGAUUGAACAAUAUAAUUUUCGUUAUGAAUAUAAAGAAUUUUUAAAACAUUAUAAUGAAUCAUAUGCUCAAACAAAUUCAUCACCUUUUUAUCAAACACCAAUACAACGUAUGUUAACAACACCUGAGUGUGUACCAUUAGUACCACUUAUAUUAGAACAAUUUGUUAGUGAUCAUGGGAUUGAUUUAUCGAUUGUUGAUGAUUGUUUAUAUGCUCGACCAACGAAAACAAGAUGUAUAUUUGGACGAGCAAAACAUUUUUCAACAAAUAAUUGGCUUCAAGAACAUCCAUUAACUUUAAUUGCUAAAGCUGAUUGUAAAGAUGUAUAUGAUCAUCGUUUAGUUCGUUUAUGUGUUGAUUUAAAAUUUAAUUUAUUUGGAAACUUUCUUUAUAUCAUUAUACUUUUUUGUCAAUCAACAUAUGUUGCACUUUAUACAGGUAUUACAUUAGGUUCACCAACACCAGCUGCUCAAAAUACAAGUUAUUAUGCAAUGACUAAUUAUUCAUGUUUUGAUUUAUGUAUAACAUUAGCUAAUAAUCUUCAAAAUCCAGCUAGCAACGAUCCUAUAUGCCGUACUUUUCGUUCAAUAUUAUUGGUUUUAUCGUGUUGUGCUUUAUUGAAAGAACUUUUUCAAAUAAUUACACAAAGAAAAGAAUAUUUUCGGAAAAUUUUAAUUAAUCUUAUUGAAUUACAUAUGUAUAUUAGUGCCAUCAUCUAUUCGGUCGAUGUAAAUGAAUGUACACGUCAAACAGGAAUUCGUUGUUCAACUCAAUGGAUGGUUGGUGGUAUUGGGCUAUUAUCUGUUUGGAAAUCUUUAUUAUUCGUUUUUAUGAAUGGCAUUAAAUUUGGUAAACAUGGUCUUUUAUUUAUAACUGUAUAUGCAACAUUUCUUAAAUUUAUUGCUGUUUAUUUUCUGAUUUGGAUCGGUUACAUCUUAGCUUUUUAUAUGAUUUGUAAAGAUAUAUUGCCACAAUUUCAAUUUUUUAAUUUUAUACCAAAAUUAUCAGUUAUGUUUAUUGGAGAAUAUGAUAUGGAUACAUUAUUUUUUCCAAAUAAUGUAUUAUUACAUGGUUCGGAAGCUGGAUUGAUACUUUACAGUGCUUAUGUGUUUACAAUGUUUAUUGUUAUGAUGAAUAUAAUGGGCGGUUUAGCCGUUGUUGAUGUAAAACAAAAUCGUUUAAAUGCUAAACGAGAACAUUUACGAUCACGUAUUGGUCUUGUAUUAGGUUUUCAAGCACAUGUAGGUGGACUUUGUGAAACAAUUGGUAAUAUAAUGAGAAGAUUUUCCAAAAAUGCUCGACUUCUGAAUUUUUGGGAAAGAUUAACUGGUACUUCAGUGAAAUAUGAUUUGCAUGAACUUGAAAUCCGUUCAUAUAUAAUAAAUAUUCCACAUAAUCUUAACCGAUCAUAUUCUUCUCUCGUAACACCACGAAAAAACCGUGAACGUAUCAGAGGUCAUCGAUCCGUGUCAUCAUCAUCAACUACUAUCGGAAUAUUUGAACAAGUUGAAACAGAAACAGGUUAUUAUUACCAUGAAGAUACAACACAUGAUGAUAGUUUAUUUAAGGAAGAACAAAGUGCACAUUUCUUAAAGAAAACAGACGAUCUACGUGAUACAAUUGAAGAAACAGGAAUCCGAUCAAAUAAUGAAAUAAGAAAAAUGGCGUCAAGUUUACAAAAAGAAUUGGAAGAUAUUAAACGAAGACUGAUGGAACAAUAA